AAGCAGUACUACCAUACCGAAAACGAAGUCAAGCCACUCCUGGGUUCACCUCCCAGAAGCCGCAGCGCCAGAGCGGGCGUCCAGGACCUAUAAGCUUCUGCUACGUCACAGACCCACCCACAAGCCUUGCCCCGCCCCAAAACUGACCCGGAGCUGAACAGCGCGGCGCCGGAGUCUAACGUCACUUCCGCCACCGCCAUGGCGGCACAGGGGGCAGCUGCGGCAGUUGCAGCAGCGACUUCGGGGGUCGUAGGAGAGGGCGAGCCCGGCCCUGGGGAAAAUGUGGCAGUCGAAGGAACCGCCCCAUCCCCGGGCCGCGUCUCUCCGCCGACGCCAGCACGCGGCGAGCCAGAAGUUACGGUGGAGAUCGGAGAAACGUACCUGUGCCGGCGGCCGGACAGCACCUGGCAUUCUGCAGAAGUGAUCCAGUCUCGAGUGAAUGACCAGGAGGGCCGAGAGGAAUUCUAUGUACACUACGUGGGCUUUAACAGGCGACUGGAUGAAUGGGUAGACAAGAACCGACUGGCACUGACCAAGACCGUGAAGGACGCAGUGCAGAAGAACUCAGAAAAGUACCUGAGUGAGCUGGCUGAGCAGCCUGAGCGCAAGAUCACUCGCAACCAGAAGCGCAAGCAUGAUGAGAUCAACCAUGUGCAGAAGACUUAUGCAGAGAUGGACCCCACCACAGCAGCCCUGGAGAAGGAGCACGAGGCGAUCACCAAGGUGAAGUACGUGGACAAGAUCCACAUUGGGAACUAUGAGAUCGACGCCUGGUACUUCUCGCCUUUCCCUGAGGACUACGGGAAGCAGCCCAAGCUCUGGCUGUGCGAGUACUGCCUCAAGUACAUGAAGUACGAGAAGAGCUACCGCUUCCACUUGGGUCAGUGUCAGUGGCGGCAGCCGCCAGGGAAGGAAAUCUAUCGCAAGAGCAACAUCUCUGUGUACGAGGUGGAUGGCAAAGACCAUAAGAUUUAUUGUCAGAACCUGUGUCUGCUUGCCAAGCUUUUCCUGGAUCACAAGACAUUGUACUUUGACGUGGAGCCCUUUGUCUUUUACAUCCUGACUGAAGUGGACAGGCAAGGGGCCCACAUCGUCGGCUACUUCUCUAAGGAAAAGGAGUCUCCAGACGGAAACAAUGUGGCCUGCAUUCUCACCCUGCCGCCCUACCAGCGCCGCGGCUAUGGGAAGUUUCUCAUAGCGUUCAGCUAUGAGCUAUCCAAGCUAGAGAGCACAGUAGGCUCUCCAGAGAAGCCCCUGUCUGACCUGGGCAAACUCAGCUACCGCAGCUAUUGGUCAUGGGUCCUGCUGGAGAUCCUGCGAGACUUCCGGGGCACAUUGUCAAUCAAGGACCUGAGCCAGAUGACCAGUAUCACCCAGAAUGACAUCAUCAGUACCCUGCAGUCCCUCAACAUGGUCAAGUACUGGAAGGGCCAGCACGUGAUCUGUGUCACACCCAAGCUUGUAGAGGAGCACCUCAAAAGUGCCCAGUAUAAGAAGCCACCCAUCACAGGUGGGUGGGGGAUGGGACCGUGCGUGUUGGGGGGUGUAGGUGUGAAGGCUGUAGGAGCCAAGGCUGCCUCACAGCUGUCGCAUGAUCCCAGACCAGUCAGACCAGCUCCAGGAUGAAGCCCAGGGCACGCGACUUGUGGAGCUUCCCUGCCUCCACCCCACCCAAGGUUGAGGCCGCCCCCUGGUGCUUCCUCACCUGGCUGGCCCAGAGAGGAGCUGUCACGGGAGAGCCCGCCUGGCGCAGAGGCCCUGUCUGCCACUCGUCUCUCCUUUCCACAGUGGACUCCGUGUGCCUCAAGUGGGCGCCCCCCAAGCACAAGCAAGUCAAGCUCUCCAAGAAGUGAGCAGCCUCUGCCCCUAGCUGUAAAUAUGUACAGACCUCUUCUGUCGUUUUCUAAUAAAGUAAAUUCUGCUGGUGGCGCAGAACUUCAGAGGUGG